AGAGCAAGAGCCGAAACAAAUCACAGUGCUCGAGCCAGCGCAGACAGUCUGUAGCUUUGUGUUGACGAGAACGGAACGUAUUUUUUUUCGCUCGCUCGUUCGCUCAUUUGCCAGUUCAAAUACGACAAACGACGACAGAAAACAAAUUUAACCGAUUAAAUUGAGAAAAAUCCUCUCCUGUGUGCGGACAGAAAACGAGCAAUUUUAUUCGCCUUUUAUUUCAUUUUUGUCACGGUGCGAAUUUUUUUUUUGUUCGUGCUCAAUGUGUAUGGUGUAGAAAGUAUAGAGAGACAGUGAUAAUAUUCAUUUUUUUAUGGUUAUUUUAUUAAACGGGAAGAACAUUACAACGAUUCAAGUGGUAGAUUUUCUACUUUUGUUUAUGAUUAAUAAAAAAAGUAUCGUUUCUGCGGUUUAAUAUAAAAAAGACAAGAGAUUGUGUAUACGGAAGGUGCGAAAACGUCGAUUCAAUUUAAAAAAAAAAGAAGAAGAUAAACAGUAAAGUCGUGUUUAUGUCCCUUUAUGACGCAAAUCAGAUUUAGGAACAUUGUGCUGGAGAAAUUCGUUUUUCUUUUAAAUUUCAAUCAGUGUUGGUUUAUCGCUUACGCUAUAGCUCUCGCUUGAUCGCGCGUCUCCGUUUAGUGUGAGAAAAAUUGCUUUGAUCAAUUUCAACCGAACGAAAAACUCUGAAUGACUGUGUGUGCUAUACGCGUAGCGAAUUGAUCGCGCACGAGAGAGAGAAAUGUAAUGUUAUGAGUCAUUUCGACGCCGCACACACUCGCAUCACCAGAACAAACAGUAAAAAUGAUUGUAGCGAAAAAUUAUUUUAAGGCAAGAUUGCGACUCAUCCGACAACGCGAUGACUGCUGAAUUGUUUCAGAAAUUUUACAUAAAAUCAAACAAAAAUACCACACACUAAAUCGACAGCCAACAAAUGGCAGCAUAGAAAAAAUAGCUAAACGGUUUGAUUUGGCAAUAUACAAACAACGAGUGAAGAAGAAAAAAACCGAAGAACAGAAGAAAAAUUUCAACUAGAUUCUUUCUAAUUCAUCAUUGGUGAAAGAAGACAAACGAUUCAAGAAGAAAAAAAAGAAGACGAAUAUCGCAGUGACUUUAGAUUGUGUGUUCAAUAAAUCAUUUUUUGUUGUUUAAAUAAAUUAAUGAAAUAUCGCAUGUUCUAGAUUCGUGUUCUAGUGUGUAUAUGUGUGAGAGAAUACUUUCUUUGCUCAAUUUUUCCUCCGGAAUGUUGUGGUGAUCGAGUGAAUUGGAACAGAAAAAAGGGCAAACCAACCAUAAUAUUAGAACAAAGUAAUUCGAUAGGUCUUGAAUUGAAAACAAUCCGUCUAUGAAAUUCGUGUCCACAACAGAAUCGACAGAAAUAAACAUAGUUGUAAGAGACAAGGAACAAAAAAUAGAGAAAAAAAGACAAGGACUGAAGAAAGUAAAAAAAAUUGUGUUCAAACCCAUCAACCAAAUGAAUUAGAAAAACAUAAUUUUUUGAUGGUCAACUAAAUAAAUUUGAAAGAAAAAACAAUCAUCAUUUUUGACAUGGGAUUAAUGAAUUUUGAUGUUAUUAUAAAAAGUCUAAAAAUGCCAUCGAAUCGCCGACACUUGUGUUUGUACAUUUUAUUAUUUUCGGUAGUUAUUUCAUACGCCAAUGCAAUAGACGAUCAAAGCGAUGCGAGGAGUGAUGGCAAUAAUGCUGCCGCCGCUGAUCAUUUCGGUCAACCAAAUUAUAUACAGUUAAAUACCAAAAAUAACAAUAGAGAUUUAAGUGAGUUUAGUGUAAGAAAACCACAAACGCCACAUCAUCAUCAACAUCAUUUGAGGCAUCAGAAUAGUCACAAUAGUGAGCAUCGAUCGAAAGCAUCGAAUGGGUACCACCACCACCACCAACAACAACAUAAACAACAUGUUCAUCAAUCAAAUGACAGUGCAUUAAAUCGAAUACCUGGCUAUCAACGUCAGGCUCAUUCACCGAAAAAACACUCCCAUUAUGAGGAUGAUAAUGCAGCUGCAUCAAUUGUGGGGGGCGGUUUCCAUACACGAACCCAUGCACAGCACCAUCAACAUCAUAGCCAGCAACCGCAGCAGAGAUUAACCACUUUGGGACCAUUUAGAAGUCGAUCGAACAAUAGAAGUGGUGGUAGUUGGUCGUCGUCGUCGUCGUCGUCGUCGUCGGGUGAAAUAUCAAACAAAAGAAAUUGGUCAGAUAAUUUGUCUCGAAACCGACAAGCGCCGGUCGAACAACUCGCUCAUUCAUCAAAGAACCGAAAUAGAACGCCCUACCAUCAAUACAAUCCACACAUACGCACCACAAAACGAACAACAACUACCACUACGACAACAACGACCGUUGCACCUGAUGAUUUUGAAGAGAAAGUGUUUUUUGAUGCACAAAAUAGCUUUAACAACAUUGAAUCAGACGAAGAUGAUGAUUUUGACUAUAACAUUGAUGAUGAUGAGGACAGUGAUGAGAAUUAUGAUACAAAAAAACGAUCACCGUCCAUCGGCUCGUUUGAUCGUCAUCACACAUCGAGUCAACAGAGUAAUGAGAAUUUUCAACGUGACGAUCCCGUUCGAAGUAGCAAUGGAUAUAAUGGAAUUACCACGACUAACACAUUCAAGUCACAACAUUCGUCAAACAACGAUAAUUACCACUUGAAUAUGCAUAAUGAUGGGAGCAUGAAUGCCAAUCGCGCCACAAUUGAAACAUCUAAAUCAUUUGUCGAACGAAAUCCGACGACACGGAACAGAAAUGGCAACCAACCGGGAGACUUGACGAGAGAAAAAUUCGAAAGAUUGGGUAAUGCUGAAGCGGUGCAGAAUACAUUUAGACAAGAGUUUCCUCUUCACGAAUUGAGAAGGCUAGCAAACGCACAUACGAGUCGAAUUAACAGAGAGGGCGCAUGCAAGUGGCCAAAACCGAAGUUACUUCAAGUUGGAAAUCACACUUCCAAGAGAUAUACACCACACUGCACCGUGUUGCAUCGAUGCAGCGAUGAAACAGGAUGUUGCCAUGAAAACUACAAGACGUGCCAGCCUCUUCGAAAGGAGAAUGUUACAUUAGUCUUUUGGGUGCAUUCAAAAGGCCAACCGACCAUUGAACAAUUGACUUUCGAAAAUCACACCGAAUGCCAUUGUGUGACGAAAAUAGCUAAUACACCGCUUAGCUACAGCGAUGAACCAGUGACGGAAGUUAACACGGUCAUAAGUAGAUGUAGAUGCCCGAGUUAUUUUACAAACGUACAUCGUUCACAAUGUAAAUGCGAUUGUACAUCAAAUAAAGUAAAUGACAUUUGCAACAAGCUGAAGGCAGGACUUGAACACUUUUCGAUAUUAGAACGCAGAUGCAUAACGUCCGAAGAAUGUGAGAGACCGACAUGUGCGUAUGGUGACUACGACACAAAAAGUGGCCUAUGUCCGCGAGAAGAUGAAGCGUUGAACUUUGCCAGCAAUACAUUAAAUGAAGAUUAAAUUUCAUCGGACGGAGUGUUCAACGGCGCCUUAAUCGAAGCCUUCAUACUUUAAAUAGACCCUGCAUCAGCAUAAAUUUAUUUAAUUUGCAUCCAUUUUUAUUCUAUUUGUAUUCGAUCACUCUAUUCAAUGCCAUUAAUUUCUCAUUCGAAUUGCAUUAUUUUCACGCGAAUUUCAUGAUCAACCAUCAAUUUAUAAAUUACGACUAACCCAAUACGAUCGAUUUAAUCAAUUCAAUUCAAUUAUAAGAAUGUUUUCACGGAGCUUUAUCAGUUCUGUGCAAAUAAAUCAUUGUAUGUCAAUAAGUAAUCGAAAUUGAAUCAAUUUUGUAUAUACCUAAGAAAAAGGGGCGACACUUUUCUGUGCAACAAAUAGCAACAACAACAAACUAUAUAGAUGAAUAAAGCUAAAAUUGUAAUAAGCGAUUAGAUAAUGUAAUGAUUAAGAGUUAACUGCGCUCACACGCCAUAAUCAAUAUGUUUCUAUUUAUAUAUAAAUAUGCAUAUAUUCUGAAAAUGCAUUUAUUUGUAUUUGUCUACGAUUAAAGCGGUUUUUUUUCUACUGCUGGUUAGUUCAUAGAUUGAUUCUGGUUAAUAAAACUAGUCGCAUUUAUUUUAUGUAGAACGUAAUGCCGAAGGAUUUUGUUUCUUUCAUACACACACAAACUCGCCCAUAAUGAGCUCAUUCAAUUUGGAACUUUCGUAUGAUUUCUUUUUCUUCAAAUUUUUUAUUCACUUGAUAUGCGAAUUUUAAGUAUUAUCAAUAUUGAUUUGCGAUGAUUUUAUAUGAUUCACAUUUUUACUGGCUUUUAUUGUAAUUUUAUUGAUAUUGAUGUAUAAUUUUUAAACUAAUUUUCAUAAUCAAAUCAAUGAAAAAGUAAAGAAAAAACGCUGUCACAUAUAGGUGUUUCCUGGUUUUACGAAAAAGAAAUCAUCGCUAAUUUGAUUGACCAUGUAAAAUGGUUUGUAUUUUUAUUUUAUUAAGUGGAAAUUUCGUUUUAUGCAAGUCUUUUUUGUUGUUGUUCAAGUUUGUCAACCUUUUGGAAACUAUAAAUAUAUUGCAACCAUUUGCAUAUCGUUUCCUUGCCCAUAUUAUUACAAUCGCAUGGAGAGAACGAGGAAACAACCAUCGAAUUUUAUUUAAGAUCCCCCCGUAAAUCAAUCGCUUUUAUGUUAAUGCAUAUUUAGCGAAAAUUCACUGUAUUACAAUCAUAAAGCUAAUAACCGUAUCAAAUAAAAAAAACAUUCAUUGACAUUGAUUGGAAUCGACAACCGGCAAAA